CCGAUUAGGUUUCUACCACGAUGAUGUCAGCAAUCGGACAUAAGCAGUUCGGGAUACUUGAAGCAGAGUAUUGAGGCUCAAACAAGUGGGACCACCCUUGAAGACGACGACGACUCAAGAGAAGACGAAAAAGCAAAGCACUGUCUUUGGUCAAUUCAGUGUUUAUAAAUAAAGAAUUAAAAUAUUUGAGAAAUCCUAAGGCGAUCACUCAUCAUCUACUUACUCGGCGAGUAUAUCGGACUUCUGUGAUCGCAGAUCAGUCAUCUCCGUCCUCACCCUUUUCCUCCGGUAAAUCGGUUUAAGUCUCUACUAAGAAUGGGGAAAACGAUUCAAGUGUUUGGUUUCCCCGUUGGUGUGAGCGCAGAGGAUGUCAAAAACUUUCUCGAAAGGCUCACCGGCACAGGCACUGUCUACGCAAUCAAAGUCAGACAACCCAAAAAAGGCGGUCCUAGAGUCUACGCCAUCGUCCAGUUCACAUCCGAGAGACACGCUAGACACAUCCUAACUCUAGCCAGUCAACGUCUCGAUUACGGAAGGUCUUACCUCAAAGCCUUCGAAGUCGAACAAGACAUCGUCCCCAAACCCAGAGCUUCGCUGCACAACAUCCCGAAUCUGAAGAUGUACUUCGGAUGUCAAGUCUCUCCCAAGAAGCUUUCUGUUUUCUGGACUGCUCAAAACGUCGCCGUCUCGUUCGGAACCGGGAUGAGGAAGCUUCACUUCUCCAUGUCUUGGUACGAGAAAGAGUACCGCCUCGAGCUUCCUUACGAGAACAUAUGGCAGAUCGAUCUGCAUUCUCGACGAAGGGGCUCCAAGUUUCUUGUGAUUCAAGUGAUCGGCGCUCCUAAGAUCUUCGAGAAGGAAGAUCAACAACCUGCUAACAACCUCUUGUUCGGGUCACUAGAUUUCUACAGCGACGGGUCCGACGAGCAGUGGAUAAGAACUACAGACUUCACUUCUUCCUCGUGUAUCAGCCAAUCGUCAGCCUUCUGUUUAGAGCUUCCCGCUCAUCUCAACGUCCCUGACUUCAGAGAGAACUUCGCAAACUACACGGAGCACGAAGCAAGCACUUUCUCCGUCGAAUCCGGGCGUAGCUACUCGUCAAACGCGAACAAGCUCGUCCCCGUUGUCGACCCUCCUCCGGGGUGUUACCUCCCUUUCGAGAUCUUGUUCAAAGUUAAUACAUUGGUACAGAACGCUUGCAUCCCCGGUCCGGCUCUCGAUCACGCCUUCUACGACCUCCUCGAUCCGCGGAAAUUCCAUAGGUUUCUCAUAGACCACUGUCUCGAGAAGCUCUUCCACCUCCCUGAAUGCUGCUACGCUCCCGCUCGUUGGCUACGCGAAGAGUACUCGGAAUGGAUCAAGAAAGGAAAGCUUCCGCAGUCUCCUAUGAUAUCUCUCGACGACGGGCUCGUGUACAUGUACCGCGUCCAAGUCACGCCUACUAGAGUCUACUUCUCUGGCCCAGAGGUUAAUGUUUCGAAUCGCGUGCUUAGACACUACUCGAACUACAUCAACAACUUCCUCCGUGUGUCGUUCGUCGACGAAGACCUCGAGAAGGUUCGCUCCAUGGACCUCUCUCCCCGCUCCUCUACCGUGAAAAGAACCAAGCUAUACGAGAGGAUCAACUCUGUUCUUAGGGAUGGGAUUGUUAUCGGCGAUAAGAGGUUUGAGUUUCUCGCGUUCUCUUCCUCCCAGCUGAGGGAGAACUCCGCGUGGAUGUUCGCGCCGGUAGACGAUAUCACCGCGGCUGAUAUCAGAGCUUGGAUGGGCGAGUUCGACAAUAUUCGAAACGUGGCCAAAUACGCUGCGAGGCUUGGCCAGUCGUUUAGCUCGUCGAGGGAGACGCUCACUGUCAGGAGAGAUGAGAUUGAAGUGAUUCCCGAUGUCGAGAUCAGAACUUUUGAGGCGCACUACGUGUUUUCAGACGGAAUUGGGAAGAUCUCAGCUGAGUUCGCUAGGCGGGUGGCUAAGAAAUGCGGCUUGACAGAGUUCUUUCCGUCUGCUUAUCAAAUCCGUUACGGCGGGUAUAAAGGAGUGGUGGCUGUGGAUCCGAACUCGUCGAAGAAACUGUCUCUGAGGAAAAGUAUGAGCAAAUUCGAGUCAGAAAACACAAAGCUGGAUGUGUUGGCGUGGACCAAGUACCAACCUUGUUAUAUGAACAGACAGCUGAUCACGCUUCUGUCUACUCUCGGAGUCGAAGACAAGGUCUUUGAGAAGAAACAGCGGGAAGUCGUGGACCAGCUCGACGCUAUCUUGACCGAUCCUCUGGAGGCUUUCGAGGCUCUCGGUUUGAUGGCUCCAGGGGAGAACACGAAGAUUCUCAAGGAGCUGAUCUUGUGCGGUUAUAAACCCGACGCCGAGCCUUUCCUCUCGAUGAUGCUUCAGAAUUUCAGAGCGUCGAAACUGCUGGAGCUACGGACCAAAACUCGGAUUUUCGUUCCUCGCGGAAGAUCGAUGAUGGGUUGCCUAGACGAGACCAGGACGCUUGAAUACGGUCAGGUGGUGGUGCAGUAUACGGAUCCCACUAAGCCUGGAACUAUAUACGUCGUCACGGGACUCGUUGUUGUUGCGAAAAACCCGUGUCUGCAUCCCGGCGACGUGCGUGUUCUUCAAGCUGUCAACGUCCUAUCUUUGAGUCACAUGGUGGACUGUGUUGUUUUCCCUCAGAAGGGCUCGAGGCCACACCCGAAUGAGUGUUCAGGGAGUGAUUUAGAUGGAGAUAUAUACUUUGUAUGUUGGGAUCCUGAACUCAUUCCAACAGGAACGUCUAAACCAAUGGACUACACUCCUGAACCAACUCAAAUCUUGGAUCAUGAUGUCACUAUUGAGGAAAUUGAAGAGUACUUCACUAACUACAUUGUGAAUGAUAGUCUUGGAAUCAUCGCAAAUGCUCAUACGGCAUUUGCUGAUAAGGAACCACUCAAAGCUUUCAGUGAUCCAUGCAUUGAGCUUGCACGAAAGUUCUCUAUCGCUGUUGAUUUCCCAAAAACCGGUGUUGCAGCCGAGAUACCCCAGCAUCUCUAUGUGAAAGAGUAUCCAGAUUUCAUGGAGAAGCCAGAUAAACCAACGUACGAGUCGAAAAACGUGAUUGGUAAGCUUUUCAGAGAGGUGAAAGAGCGUGCUCCACCGUUGAUCUCGAUCAAAUCGUUUACUCUCGAUGUUGCCGCCAAGUCUUAUGAUAAAGACAUGGAAGUCAACGGAUUUGAGGAGUAUGUUGAUGAAGCUUUCUUCCACAAGGGAAACUACGAUUACAAAUUAGGCAAUUUGAUGGACUACUAUGGGAUUAAGACAGAGGCUGAGAUACUUAGUGGUGGCAUCAUGAGGAUGUCCAAGUCUUUCACCAAGCGACGGGACGCGGAAUCUAUUGGAAGGGCGGUUAGGUCACUUAGGAAGGAAGCUUUGUCAUGGUUCAAUGCUUCUGAAGAAGAUGAAGAGGUGGUUGAUGAAUCUGCAAAGGCCUCGGCAUGGUAUCACGUGACUUACCACCCAAGUUACUGGGGAGUUUAUAAUGAAGGUUUGAACCGCGACCAUUUCUUGAGCUUUGCGUGGUGCGUUUAUGAUAAGCUUGUGAGGAUUAAGAAGGCGAAUGUUGGGAGGCGUCAGCGGCAGGAGACUCUUGAGCGGUUGGGCCUCAUGCGUUUGAGUUGAUUCUUAGCUUGAUUUUUAUGAACUUUUUUUUUCCUUUGGUUGUGAGUUUCUAUGUACAAAAUGUUUGGUGUGGAGUGCUCUUUGUACUAAAUGUUUGGUUUGUAAUAAUAAAUCAGUAGUUUCGUA